AUGGACGCGGCGACUCACGGAUUACAGAUGGAUUUACGCGCGCGACAGAAACGCGCCGUCGUGAGAAUGUUCGACGACGUUUUGCUCGAGAGUACGCGUCACAGCGCGCAACUGCGCGACGAUGCAUUCGGAGGAAGAUCACAUCAUCAUCACGGGGACAUUCAGUACAAAAUCUUAAUCCUGGACAAGUUCACGUUCGAUGUCAUCGCACCUCUCUUAAAAGUGAACGAACUCAGACAGCACGGCAUCACGUUAACUUUACUGUUAGAGAGCGAACGCGAGCAGAUUCCAGACGUCCCGGCGGUCUAUUUCGUGCAACCGACCGCGAGAAACGUGCAAAGAAUGUCGCACGAUUUGGGCGAGAACUUGUACGAGAGUUAUCACUUUCACUUCACGAGAGAACUGCCGAGAAGCGCCUUGGAAGAGCUGGCGACGGCUUCGGUGAAAGCCAACAUCGCGAAUCGAAUAAAAAGAGUGUUCGAUCAAAACUUGGAUUUCGUGAGUUUAGAGCGCGACGUGUUUUCAAUCAUGCGACCGGACGCGUUUAAGAAGUUGAACGAUCCGAAGAGCAGAGGCGAGGACAUCGAAAAGUGCAUCGCGGACGUGACCAACGGUCUGUUCGCGACGGUCAUGACGAUGGGGCAAGUGCCGGUUAUUCGGUGUCCUAAAGGUGGCGCCGCGGAAAUGGUCGGGAGAGAGUUGGAAAGCAAACUCAGAGAUUAUUUGGGGAGUAAAAACGGGAGCGGGUUUGGGCAGAUGCCGCUGAUUGGCGUCGGCAACGCGAACGGCGCAGCGGCGCAGCAAAUGGCGAGGCCGAUACUCGCGAUUUUUGACAGAAACUACGAUUUUACCGCCAGUUUACAACACGCGUGGCACUACGAACCGUUAGUGCACGACGUGUUGCACAUGAAGUUGAAUCGAGUGGACGUGAAGCCGGAUAAAAAUGCCGUCGGCGCGGACGCCAAGACGAAAUCGUACGCGUUGGACGAUUCGGAUGAUUUCUGGAAAAAGUAUAAAGACGCGCAGUUUCCCAAAGUGGCCGAAAGCGUAGAGGUGGAGUUGGCGGAAUAUAAAAGAGCGAUCGCGGAAGUCAACGCCGCGUCUGCAUCCGCGGCGAAUUCCACCGGGGGCGACGACGCCGACGAUCAAACCGGCGCGAGCACGGCCAAGUUGACGAAAGCGGUGGAGUCGUUGCCGAAAUUACAAGAGCACAAAAAGUUAAUCGAUAAGCACACGAACAUUGCCACCGCUCUGUUAAAAGAAAUUAAACAAAGAGGUUUGGACGAGUACUUUUCCAUCGAGGAAGAUUUCUGCAACGGCAAAGGCGAUUGGAAAGCGGCGUUGAGUUUGUUGAGCGCCACGGGCAGAGGUUCCGCGAGCGACAAAAUCCGCUUAGCGUUGAUACUGUUGCUCACCUCGCAACUGAACAGUUCUGGAAAUACCGGUAAAAUCGACGACGAGGCCAUCGAAGGCGCGUUGAGAGCGAGCGGGUGCGAAGUCGCCGCGUAUAACUACGUCAAAAAAAUGCUCUCGUUGAAUCAACAGUUACAACAAAACAAAGGCGGCAACGCGAAUAGCAGCAGCAAUAGAUCUCAAGCGGAUAUUUUAGACUGGGCGGAUAGAUUAUACGGCCAAUCGGUUGAUUUAAUCACGAAAACAGCGAAACACUUGUUGUCCGGCGAACGACAACUCCCCAUAGCCGCCGCAGUCGAGGCGUUAUUAGCGAACCAACCGUCUUCUUCAUCUUCCGCGGACGUCGGCGGCGACGCGGUCGUGGAUACUUUCGCCUACUUUGACGCGAAAGCGUCCGCUUCCCAACGCGCGAGCGUUCCUCUUUCAAAUCGAUCGUCGCACCAAGACGAACACGCCGGUGGGUACGCCUCUGCCGUCGCCUUCGUCUUGGGCGGCGGAUGCUACGCCGAAGUCUUGGCGUUGCGAGAACUCGCGCAAAGAGAGCGAACGAACGGACGCGCGAAGAGCGUCUGUUACGGAGCGACGGACAUGUGCGGCGGCGACGACUUCGUCUCCGAACUCGGUGAAAUUGGUGGUGGUAGUAGUCGUAAUAGCGAUGGAGCUGCGAAGUAG